CCCCUGCCUAGGAAGCGGACAGGGGCACCAUUUGCUGAUAGUGGUCAUCGGCACCAUCGCACGAACAACGGUCAGCACGGAGCUGCCGAGUGCCGACGACGUUAUCGACAGUCACGUGAUUCCCAGUGAACGUCCGCUGCCCCACAUAAAAGUGCCGCGGAAGCCAGUGCGUCUUUCAUUUACUCGACCACUGCCAUGCCAUAUCGCGGGGGGCGUCAAGCUCUGCACCGACUGUGCGACUCGGUGAGCGGCGCGAACUGGCGCCCGACGCGGUUCGAGGACGAGUUCACGUUGAGCCGCUACGCCUGCUGCACGUGUCACGUCAUUCCGAGCACGACCGUGCUGCUGCCCUGUUCACAUGCUCUUUGCGAGCAAUGCCUGGCUGGGUGUGUCGUCCAAGAUGGCGGAAACGUCUGUCCUUUGGACGCCGAGCCCUUCUGCGAGGACGAAUGCCAGCGGUGGCAGCUUCCUGCCAGGAAAAAGCAGAACUUGAAGGCUCACUGCUGGAACGAGGCUGACGGUUGCCAAUUUGUUGGCCCCAUCGAAGCGGUGCUGGUGCACUACGACCGGGAAUGCGCAUUUCAUGCCGUCCAAUGUACAAACUGUGAACAAAGGCUGCUACAAACGGAUAUUGCAACACACUACAUUUCCGGGUGCUCCAAGAAUGCUUCUUGUGCAAGAGAUGCACAGUCAAACAGGCACGAUGGUUCGCCUACCGAUUGCGAGACGAACGUUCUUCUGGACAAGUUCUCAACACUUGAGAGAAAAAUAAACGAAGUUUUGGAAGUAUGUAGGGCAUCGAACUCUGCCCGUUCGCAGGACAUCAGCCAUGCAUUAGGUGCCUUUGAGAAUACUCUUCAGCGUAGGAUGGAAGGAGUCGAAGCAAACAUUUCCACUAUGAUCACUCGACAACUGACCACUGGUUUGCAAGAACUGAAGGCCAUGACCAUGGUCCCUUGCAGUGAUCACCUGUCAUCUAUUCAGAGCCAAAUGAACAAACUCGUUGAACAGUCGAGGCAGCACUAUGCGUCCCAGAUACAGGAGAUUGGAUCCGUGCUGAGAGACUCCCAAAUAAAAGUGAAGGAAGAAGUGAAUAUCCGGUUACAGGAGAUAGUGUCUCUGCUAAGAGAGUCGGAAAGCGACGUGAAGAAGAACGUGAAGAGCCAGUUUGAGUUUGUUCGAGGGAUGAGGGACUGCGUUGGUGACUUGAAAGAUCAUGUGAGCAGGGUUUUGGGCACUCUAUCUUCGAGGCUAACGGACCAACAGCAUUUUGAACGAGCAGUGCUUGAUUCUUUAAACAAGAAUAAAAAGCCAAUUGAAAGGGAAAAAUCAAUUGGCGCUGCAACAAUGGCAAAAGAAGAGACGGCAUGGCACUUCAAGCUAGAAGUUUUGCUCAGCCAAGCAGUGGAAAGAUUGGAACUUCUACGGCAGGAGAUCUAUCGGCAGAACAAACAACCGUGGGUUUCAAAAAUUCAAUCUCAUUCGGGUGAUUGUUCCGUCAUGUGGACGAAUUAUUUCGGAAGUUCAAGUUUAGAUGUGACCGUGGAAAAUUAUAAAAUGUUAAAUGAUACAGACAAAAUACUCUACAGAAUGCUAUACUACAGGGAUAUGUGUAUUCAUAUUACCUUUUCUCGUCAGCUGCAGGUGCGCAGGGUGUUCUGCGUAAGACUAGAUUAUGUUUGGACUUCAAUAAAUUUUAGACAUUCCGUCAAGGAGCUUUCUUUAUAUGCAAUAAGAAGCGAUAGUAAACGGGCCGCACCUCUUGAAAGAAAACUUGUACGUACGUGCGGUCCCUGCCGUGACAAGGGCAUUUCACAUAUGCAUAGCAGGUGGUCGUUACAGGAAAAUAUGCUCGGUGGAGACGGUGUAUCAGAAGACGGAAAACUUACGCUGAAAUUUUGUUUCCAAUCACAAUCCAUGUGAGGUCCCCGAGAUAACGAAAUCCUGUGUGACAUGACUUGUACUGCAAUCACGCGCAAUAUCGCAACCCAAUAAAAUUAUAGUGAGAAACUAUAAAAAGUAUAGCCCCUGUUUUAGACCGCAAGGUGAGAUGCCGCAAACAUUUCGUCUAAAACACUACUCAUCAGAAAAUAUGCAGUUGUCUUAAAUUUUUGUACGUGUUGUGGCGUGUAAACCAGGGCUUGCAUAUAGCGCAGGCUUUUUCUGUGGGCGACUACAGCCCUAUUUAUAGAGUGCCUGGAACCUCGAACUAGCUGGGAGCAAUGAAAGUCUCUUACAGCACUGUGCAGCGUUUAGGGCGUGAAGUUCAGUGUCUUGCAAGGGACCACCGUAAAGUUUAGAAUAUGCUUGUGCAUCUUUACGCCCCCCCCCCCCCCCCACACACAAAAAGUACUGUGUGUGUGUGUGGUAGAGUGUACUGAUCACGGCAAGAAUGAAGCUUAGCGUUUAGCCAACUAGACAUGCUUGGGCUUCAAAGGAACUGUUCAAUCGGGCGGAAGUUCAACUACCAUGCAGAGUGAUUUGCUGCAAUAGGUUUUAAAUUGUGCUUGUUUGUGAAGACUUAUAGGCACUGCUGUACGAGGUUAUCCUAAUAGACUGCCAUUUGUUGUGCAUUGAAAGGAAGUAAUACUUGGCCGAUUAAAAGCGCAAAUUAUUUUCAUUGGUUUGUUAUAUAUAUAAAAGCCCCACUGACUUCACCGGACCACUUUUGUUUAAAAAAAGACCUUUCUUCCUGGUCUAGGCUUACUGUAGUUAAAAUUUUUUGUUGGCAUUCUGAAGGAUGCUAGUUAUUUUUACGAACAAUUUCGAAGGCUUGUUUUUGCUUGUGCUUUUUCGUGGGUCUAUUUCACACGUAGACAAGUGCUUUAGGAAUGCUGUGCUGGCACCUUGAAUUUCAGGAGGUGGAAGCGUUUCACGAAUAAAACAACAAAAAAUCGGCA